GCACCACUUUUAAGUUACCGCGUCAAUGUAAAUCGUUAACUUGUUUAACUUGCUGUAAUUUGCGCUUAAAUAAUUGAUUUGUAUAUCGCAACAUACAGUUUACACACUUCAUGUUUUAUGUUAUCCUACUGCUGUGUGACUAAUUCUCCAGUUCCCUGUCACUCUCUCUCUCUUUCCUCUUUUUUGUUUAUUUAUCAAUCCUCUUCUACCUCUGUAUUUCUGAACACAAGAAAAUGCGCAACAGAAGCCAUAGGAAUUCUUCUUCGAAUCAGUCCAGUUCUUCUGAACGGCAGCCGGACCAAACCAACGCAGGCGCCGAGGGAUGUUUGUCCAGCGCGACGCUGGAGGGUUUGAGAUCGGAGUGUUCGACGGUGUGGUUUGACCGCGACGCGUACGAGAGAGCAGAGAGUCUUUACUACGUACGACUGUUGCAGCAGCAUAACGGCACGACUGCUCCUGCGAGUUCUUCCACAAGAAACAAGCAAGAAACCUGUCGGCAUGGAGAGCAAGAGGCUUGUCAUCAUGUCGUUAAUGCUGUGUGGGUAAAUAAACCCAACUUUGACCAAGCCGAGAGCAAGUUUGUGGGCCACUUUCCCAACCAACCGAGAUCUCUCCAACUGCAGCCCGCCAACUGCGACGAGGGUUACCAAUCGCAAACCCCGACCCCACCCACACCGGCUUCGAGACCAAUCAAUGACCUCCCUUGCUUGCCGCCGCCUCCAAUGGGGGUGUGGCUACAGAAACCUCUUUUUGAUAAAGCCGAGGCGACUUUCUAUCAGAACCUGUACCGCCGGAGCUCGCCACCGAGAAACCCAGAAACCAGCGGCGACGAGUCCAACUCCAAACGGCGGACUAACACGCAAAAAAAACCUGUGGUUUGCGAUCGGCGUAAUUCCAACGACAUCACCACCAAUCAGGGAGCGGCGCGCUGCUAUUUCCUGCAUGCCGACAGCGAGAGGGUGUGGCUAGAUCGCGGUCGCUAUGCGGAGGCGGAGACUCGUUUCUAUGAAGGAGCCGCGGAGAGAUCCGUCAAAACAUCUAUAAACCAUUCUACCCAGAAGCUGAAGAAGAUGACUGCAGCGGCGUGUUUGACGCAGGAGAGGAUCUGGUUCGAUAAGCCACGUUAUGAUGAAGCGGAACGGCAAUUUUACGAGCGGAUGAACGGACCCACGCAGCCCAAACAAGACACUGGAGCUAACAGCAUCCUUCAGGACAUCGCUCGAGCACGAGAAAACAUCCAGAAAUCUCUCGCUGGGCUGAAGACAACCUUGCAGCCAAGUAGAGGCUCCGCCCCUAAACUAUCAAACCCCUCCCACCGCUCGUCUCCUGUAAGUGUUGGCGGCAGCGGCGCUGCUGAUUACGGGGGGCUCACGGCACGCAUGAAGAACCUGGAACUGGAGAACCAGAGUCUACACAAUGUGGUGGAGGAGCUGCGUUCUGCUCUCAGUAAGAUGGAGAGUCGCGUGUCAGUGCUAGAGAAACGGUCGACAGCACCGACCGUUAACGGCACCGGUCCUGCCUCUCCCCAGAAAGCCCCGCCCGCUCCAGCAAAACAGGAGGAGGAAGAUGAGGAUGAGGAUUACAUCGACCUGUUCGGCAGCGAUGAAGAGGUGGACGAGGAGGCCGAGAGACUGAAAGAGCAACGGCUGCAGGAAUAUGCUGCCAAAAAGGCCAAAAAACCAGCCCUCAUCGCUAAAUCAUCCAUCCUGUUAGACAUCAAACCGUGGGACGACGAGACCGACAUGGCAAAGCUGGAGGAGUGUGUGCGGUCGGUGCAGGUGGAUGGGUUGCUGUGGGGAGCCUCCAAACUGGUUCCUGUGGGUUACGGCAUCAAGAAACUGCAGAUCAACUGUGUGGUGGAGGACGACAAGGUGGGAACAGACUUCCUGGAGGAGGAGAUCACCAAGUUUGAGGACUACGUUCAGAGUGUGGAUGUUGCGGCGUUCAACAAGAUCUAACACACACACACACACGAAAACAGUCUCAUGCUACUGCUGCUGGAUGAAUAUCAGUGAAUAAAACAGCUCAAAUGUG